AUGGAUAGUGUUAAGCUCUCGGUGUGGAGGAAACGCUCAGUAUCAAGACGCUCGCAAUAUCGAAUUAUAAUUAAAACAAAAACGAUUAUUGCUUCUCUAAAAUUGAAUUAUAAUGAUCAAUUGCCGAAAAUUUGUUUUGUUGUCGUUAAAAAACGACAUAAUACUCGAUUUUUUACUUGGGAUAAACAAACUAAUCAAACAAACAACAUUCAACCAGGAACAGUCAUCGAUACCGACAUUGUUUCACCGAAUGGUUUCGACUUUUAUCUCAAUUCACAUGCAGCUAUUCAAGGUACAUCCCGACCAAUGUUCUAUCAAGUUUUAUAUGAUGAAAUUGGUUUCACAUCGGAUGACAUUCAACAAUUAACAUAUUAUUUAUGUCACACUGAUGUUCGAUGUACCAAAGCUGUAUCUGUCCGGGCACCGGUUCAUUAUGCAACACUCUGUGUUUCGCCUGGUCUCAAGCUGGAUUACGAAGGUCAAACGGCAAAUGAGCAACGAAUUCUGAUUUAG